AUGUGUAUGCAGGGCUCGGGGGGUGGGGUGAGGGCUCUGGCUGGGCCUGAGGCACUGGCCUUGUCCCAGGGGCUGCUGCUGUGGCUGCUGCUGGGCGUGGCCGGGGUGUGGGCUUCCAGGGGGCCACUGCGGCCGCUGUGUCAGCCCAUCAACGCCACCCUGGCGGCUGAGAAGGAGGCCUGCCCUGUCUGCAUCACUUUCACCACCAGCAUCUGCGCCGGCUACUGCCCCAGCAUGAAGCGGGUGCUGCCUGCCAUCCUGCCGCCCAUGCCCCAGCGGGUGUGCACCUACCACGAGCUGCACUUCGCCUCCGUUCGGCUCCCCGGCUGCCCACCUGGCGUGGACCCAAUGGUCUCCUUCCCCGUGGCCCUCAGCUGUCACUGUGGGCCCUGCCGCCUCAGCAGCACUGACUGCGGGGGUCCUAGAACCCAACCCUUGGCCUGUGACCACCCCCCACUCCCAGACAUCCUCUUCCUCUAAGGAUGCCCCACUUCAACCUCCCAUGCCUCCUAACUCCCGGAGCCAGCAGACGCUCCUCCCCUCCCUUCCCAAUAAAGACUCGUCAAACUGCA